GUGCAACGACCCGUACACAUCUCGGAGUACCGCGGGCUCAACGUGGGCGUGGAUGCCUACUGCUGGCUGCAUCGGGGCAAGUUGGGCUACGUUGAGGCCCUUCUGCGCGAGAACCCUGACGCUGAACAGCUGACUAGAGGAAUUGUCUCAACGACUUAUCCGAUUGCGCAGAGUUGCGCGGAGCCGCUCCUCAGACCUCUCCGAGAGCUUGUGGACAUUUUUCGCGCCGUGGGCGCUGAGCCUUUGCUUGUCUUUGAUGGUGCGCCAUUGCCAGCCAAGAGUGUGACAGAGGGUGCCCGCAGACAGGCGCGAGAGGAAGCCGCACGGCAGGCAGCACUUGCCGGAUCGAGCGCAGGACUCGCCAAGCGACUCUAUGGUGCCGUGGACAUUACGCCGGAGAUGGCAGCAACGUGCGUGGAGCACUUCAAGCCCAUGGGAGUCAAGUGCAUUGUUGCACCUUGUGAAGCUGACGCGCAGCUCGCGUUUCUUGCCCAUUCUGGCCGCCUUGAUGUCGUAGUGAGUGAAGAUGUUGACCUCCUGGCCUUUGGCUGUUCCAGAGUUCUGUUUGGCUUGGACAUUCGAAGAGGCUGCGGCCAGGAAGUUCGACUAGCUGACAUAGGCAAAUGUCGAACUUUGUCGCCUUACCGUCUCACGCCCGACACCUUGCCAGACCUCUGUGUGCUGAGCGGUUGCGAUUACCUGCCUUCCUUGCCUCGCCUCGGCUUGCGACGCGCAGCGCACUUUCUUCACCGUGCACGAGGCUGCAUCCAACGUGUUUUGCAAUUAGCGCAGCGGGAAGGCAUCAACGUGCCAGAGUCAUACGGCCAAAGCUUUGCCGAAGCCCGACUGGUUUACUCUUGCCAGCUUGUGUUUGACGACCUCGGUCAACAUUUGCGCACGCUGAUGCCAAUCCCUGCAUCAGCGGACAACCUGAGGUUGUGGCAACUGGGUAUCGGGCUCUUCAACGACAAGGUUGCAUUGGAGAUCGCGGUGGGGCAGCGAAGCCCAAUCACAUUAGCGGUUUUUGUUGAUGCUGGGAGCACUCCAACAUUGCCUGGCACAACGUGCGCAGAAUCAAUCUCAUCUUUACCCACGCCUGUACGGCCAUUCCGGCAGCCACGGGUGAUGGAGAACAACGCUGCGAAGGCACGUUGCCAGCUGAAGACCGACGAGGGCAAAACACAAUGUGUUUUGGAUGUGGAUGACAUCCUUGAUUCCGAGGAUCGCCCUGCUCGCAGGCGCCGUCUGGGCUGCCGUGGACCAGAAGUUGGACUUCCAGCUGCAUUCCCAUGA